AAAAAAUUGGCCUUUCUUACUGUCCAAGAACCUCAGCUGCUCGGAAGAAACCAUUGAUAUGGCCUUUCUUUCUUGCUCGGAAGAACCUCAGCUCAGUUAAGUAUUACGCCCAAAGGAGCGAACUAAAGUUUCGUAGACGCAGUAAAAGAUGGAGUUUUACGUUGGAGAAGGGGAACGACUCAGUGAAAAAUGCGGCACUCUGCUGCUGCCGGCGCUUUCGAUUGGGAACGUUGGACAGCUUGCUGUGGAUUUGUUUGUAUCAUCUCUUAGUGCUCAUCGGGUCGGGUUCAUAGAUGACCCGAAUGUUCUUCCUUGCGUUGGCAAUGAUGCUUAUUCAGCUACUCCACCCGGUCAGCUUGCUCUUCCUCUUGAAGUUUACGAAUCCUGUUCUAGUGGAUUGAGCAUCUUGCAACAGAGGUCUCCCGUCCUUAAGGGCAUGAUGGUUCCAUUUGCCAAGAAUUUAGCAAACUUUGCUGCUGCUAGUAGAAUACAGCAUGUUGUUUUGCUAUCUAGCUUGGAUUUCGGGAGAUGGCAAAGCAUUGAUAUGUCUAGUGGUUUGCAGACAUAUUAUCUAUCUGGUUCCAACAUAGAUGGAAAGGAGGAUGAAUGUGAAAGACUUGGAUUCAAGAGGCUGAAAGAAUAUAAUCCUUCUCAGAGGAUGUGGAAGUACCUAAGCAAUUUGAUUGAAGCUAGUGACCUGGAGGAAAAAGAGUUGCCUUAUGAAGAGCUUGGAGAUGAAGAUUACAUUGCAAGCUUACCCUUUGCCGCACUUUUCUCUUGUUUUAAGGCCAAAGGUAUGAAGGUUACCUGCCUCUUCUGUUAUUGCUCAGAGGGAGACAACAUACCUGAAGCUUUUCAUUUGGCUGAAGCAGCGUCUCAAAUUCUCAGGCUCCCGGCUAAAAGUUUCCAAGGCAAUGAGGGCGGCAAAUGGAUUGUCCCGUUUUCUUGGAAGAGUGUGUAUGGACCUCCCCCUGACAUGUCUCUAUUUUAGGUGACUGCAGAAGAGCAGAUACUUCACUUUCCUUGAGUAUGCUCGUCUCCCUCUUUGUUGUAAUUAUAGUGCUUACCCAGUGGAGUUUAUAUUGUUCAAAUUUAAAUCAAGUUUGAGCGUUACAACUAAUUUGACAUUGUGCUCUACUGUUCUUUACUGUUACACCUUCAUGUCAACCUCGACAUUUUAAAUGAGCUAUCUCUUAUAUUAAAGCUUCGUUUCAUUCUAGUAUCAGUUGUAAACUUAAAUCAACUAUAUUUAUUCAAUGGAAGAAGGAAAUAUAAACUGAGGGUUACAACUUAC